AUGGAACACUAUAAAAACGAACAACAAUAUACUAAAUCUACUUUCGAAAAUUUUAAAACUAUUUUAACAAAUACUUUUGAAAUACAAGUAUUAUUUACUAUAGACAAUAUUCUGAUCGCUCUUAAUGGUUUGCAUAUAGCUAAAUUCGCCCAUCGUCUGCCGUUUCAUGAUAUACGCAGUAUAGAUAUACGUGGCGAUAUAACCGACGUCCAUGUGGAACGUAAUAUUGUAACAGAUUAUCCCACACGUCCCGAUAAAACACCACAUAUUGUACGUUUGGGUGGUCGUUAUGCUAAUACUUCCAAUUUAGAGGAUCUUGAAUCAGAAGCAGAUUAUUGUGAACUGGCAACAACUGAUACGGCAGAACGUUUACUUCCCUUACCCUAUUAUGCCACCUUUGAUAAGGGUUUCUUUGAUUUGGGCUAUAGUAUAGGGGUUAGGGGUCAUGUCCGUUUAAAUCCUCAUACCUUUAAGGUGGCUUUACAGGUGGGACAAAAUGUUUGGCCUCAACCAACUAUAGCCUUGCUAUAG